AUGAGUAGCCCGUGGAAGCUCGUGAGUCAGAGUGCAGACCUCGAGGUGACUGAAGAACGUUUUGCAGAUUCGCCACCGCGGUUCUCAACGUGCGACAGCUGGGAGCCGUCCGCCGCGGUCUCAGCUGCGCAGCGCCUGGCAGACCGCCUCUGGGACUCCGCACUGCCGCCGCCGCCGGCAGCUGGAGCGGCGGAGGGAGGGGGGUGCGCCGGCGCCCUGGCGCAGCUCCGCCGCCUCACGCGGCGCCAAUACUUGCAACUCCUCGAGGAGCUCGACUGCUGCAUGGCUGACGACUGUCUCGACUCCCGCUCUGUACCGAGGUUGAACAACAUGGAAUGGAACAUGACAACGCUGCAAGCGGCUGAUCUCAGGCAUCAUAUCCUGUCCCAGUCAGCGCGUGCUGUUCGACGCAUCACAAAAGCCAUUGCCAACAGAGUGAAGUGUGAGUGGUGGCGUCAUGUUCAGUUUGAGUGGAGGGAUAAACCUGAGCUGCAGGCCCAGGCGGCUGUUUUCCGGGAACGACUCUCCAGCUGCUGGCGGGACUUGGCGCAGCUGCUCUCACUCGGUGCGACGCACGCCUCGCAGCUGUUGGUUCCCCUCGCAUUCGAACGAAUGGGUAACCACGCAAGUGAUCAGCAACUCCACGGUUGGAUUAAGGACAUGGAACGUGUGAAUGACAUGCUGCGCACGAAAUUAACCGGAUGUGUACAUGACAUGCAAUUAGCCAGCAAACAGGUGGAGCACUACGAGGUGGAAGAAGACAAGGACAGGCCAGGGCACGUGAUAAUCAGUUAUAGAAAACACAGGGAUCAUUUAAUUCAAAAUGGAGUAAAGAACUAG